AAUGCUUCUGGCGCGAAAGUGUUCGGGCUCCGCGCAUGCGUGCUAGCAUCUUCUCUCAAUUUUCUUAUCAGCCCGGCACAAGAGAGCGCCUUUGCCGCCGUUUUUUACUUCGCUUACAGAUAUGGAGCUGAAUGGCCGCAUGGAGGGGGAGGAGGACGGUGUUGGGGAGCCUCCGUUUCUUGAGGUGGCUGAAGUAGCUACGGGCUGGGUGUUCGAUUACAUGUUCUCCUGCCUGUGUCAUUACUUCAUGGCGGGGAACCGGGAGGAGGAGUUCCAGAGGACCUGUAAGGCGAUGGAAGUGCUUCUGGAAGCCAUGCCUACACUGGAUUCAGAGAAAAUGAAAGCUGUAUCAAUUGCACAGUUCCUCACUCGUGUUCAGCAAGGAAAACAGCUGGACUGCCAGUUUGAAGAAGAGGAGAAGCUUACACCUCUGGAGACCGCUGCAAUUGUGUUCUAUCAGUUUGAAGAAGAAGAGGAAACUCUCAAGAAUCUUCAAGAAGAAAUAAAAACUUUACUGAAAGUUCAGGCUGUAGCAGUUUGCAUGGAGAAAGGAAAGUUUAAGAUGGCCUCAGAAGUUCUUGAUCGACAAUUGGACGAAUCAGAGGGCAGUAAGUAUUUAAGAAUGAAGUUGGAUAUGGUCAUUGGGAAGAAAGAUCCAUACCAUGAAUUCCUUGAGAACUUUACAUACAGCAAAAUGAUGAUGAAGAUCAAAUCCUACAUCAGACUUUUGUUGGCCAGGAGGCCCCCAGUUUUCCUAAUACAGGCAGCCACAAAAGUGGUAGAAGCCAAAGCAAAAAGCAAGUAUAUAAGGACUGAUGAAAAUCAGGAGCCUAACAUUUCUGAAAGUGUGGAGGUGGGAGACGGCAAUUCUUCUAGUGAAGGUGAAUGCCUGCAUCAACAGAAGAACAGUGUUGAUUUACAAGAUUAUGAAGUAGAGGCUGAUAAACCAGUGGAAGAAGAAUUGCAGAUGGUUGAUAAAACAACGGAGAGACCUCAGAGACGAUUAUUUUCCUUAGGACUGGGCACACCAUGGCAUCCAGAUAAACCACUCCUUACCAGCAGGAUGUUGCAAAAGCCCAACCUAAAAAAGGAAAGUACUGAAAAUCAAGAAAACAUAUUGCCCACAAGUCAUGAAAAACCUUCAGGUUCUGGAACAAACAGGAAAAAACAGCCCUGGACAUGGAAGGAAGAUGAGAUCUUAAAAAAGGGGGUGAAAAAGUAUGGUGUGGGUAACUGGCAUAAAAUACUUGCCAGGUAUGAAUUCAACAACCGCACAGGAGUUAUGCUAAAAGAUCGAUGGCGUACAAUGAAGAAGCUGAACAUGGUCGAUGAAGUAUGAUACUGGUCGACGACUGAAAAUUAUUCCAGUGACAUGCAGGGCGUGCACAACAUUUGGGGCAGAUGUAUAAACUGUUGUCAUACUGGCAGGAGGCAGGAACAACAUAAUCUUGCUUCAUAUGUUUGCUUUGGCAGAGAAAAGCUUUUGCAUCAAUCCAAUCAUUCCUAAUGAGGAUGGUGUUAACUUGUGAUGCAGUGGCUAAGAAGAGAAGCACAAAUGUAUAGUGGGUAAUAUAACAUGACAUGCAUAUAUGGAAGAUGGGGAGUCUGCAUUAGAAGUGUGCUCUAUAAGGCUGGAUUCACACCUAUGCAGUUUUAGUGCUUUUUGCAGAUUUGCACUACAGUCCAUUUACCAUGGUUUCCUAUGUAACACGCUCUGUAGUGCAAAAAGCACUAAAAAUGCAUAGGUGUGAAUCCAGCCAUAGGGGCAACAUUGGUCCUUUUCAAAUGCUAAAUUACUGCCCAGGUUAGCUCUGCAUCACAAUAUAAUGACCAGUGAAAAGAUGUAGCUUAGCAAUUUUUUAACUAUUUUUAAAUUAGGGUGUAUGGGCAGGCAAAUUUUAUGUGAGAACUUUGAGCACAUAACUGCAUGCUGUUGUAUGUCAGUUGUGUUCUGGGCCACUGCAAAGUGAGAGACCAAAUGUGCUAAACAAGUGUUUUGCAGCUAACCUGGGAGAAAAUAAAUGAAUGCCUUCUGAGCAGGAUCACUCUGUUCCCAGAGCACAGAAUACCCCCAGAGUUUCUUUACUCUUUUUUUUUUUUUUUUUUUUAUUGCAAAGUUUAAAUAGAAUAUCCCUUUUUAAUGCCUAGUUUUUUUAAUGUACUUGUAAAUAAGUUUUUAAAUGUAUAUAAUCUGAUUAAUAUGUUAACAAUAGCUUGUAUAUGUUUAUGGAAGAAGCAAUAUUGGCUCAUUACGUAUGUAAGCUCUGCUUCCUUCUUAGCAGUCCUGUACAGUAUUUACAGAAGGCACAUAAUAUACAUUUUUUCCCUCCAGAAAUUGGUCAGUAGAGUCCGCGUUGUUUCUAUAAACCACCAAUAAAUUUAGAAAAGAUAGUCAUUAUUAGCCAACAAUUAUGUCAUAUUUAUCUCUGACAAAAUGAUCGGAUAUUCUCAAAAUGCAUUUAGUAUAUGAAAAAUUAUAUAUAUUUUGCGCUCCCCCUAAACAAAACCAAUUGUGUGUAUAAUUGAAGGUACUGCUGCUUAUAAAGUCAAAAUACACGACUUGCUAAAUAUACACCGUGCUUCAGAGUACUCUUUUUCCCACAUGUAAUAUGCACUUCUCACCAGAAGGGCUGGAUCUCAAAUCUCAAAAUAGAGAUCAAACUUGCUCGCACAGAUCAACCACCAGGUAUAUUCCACUCUUAGACUCCUUUCACACUGAGACGCUUGAAAACUGCCUAUAAAAUGGCAAGCACUUUUCUGAUGAUUUUGAGGAGUUAGUGGUGUGCUUUUUUUGAAGGUCACCUGACUCAAAAAACUACAGUAA